AGAGAUGAAUUGUUGGGCUUGUCCAGUACAGAAAAAUACUGGCCCAUCCAAAAUCGUCCAUCUUAUAAGUACUUUGCUCUGCCGCCUGAAAACCCUCUCUAGGGUUUCUCAGAUCGAUUGGCGUUUCCAGAGGCCAACUAUCCAAUAUGAGUAAGCUUCAGAGUGAUGCUUUGAGAGAAGCCAUCUCAGGAAUCACGGCUGAUUCCAAGGAGAAAAACAGGAAAUUUGUGGAGACUAUUGAACUCCAGAUUGGUCUUAAAAACUAUGAUCCACAAAAGGAUAAGCGUUUCAGUGGUUCUGUUAAAUUGCCUCACAUUCCUCGUCCCAAGAUGAAAAUCUGUAUGCUUGGAGACGCUCAGCAUGUUGAGGAGGCAGAGAAAAUAGGAUUGGACUGGAUGGAUGUUGAAGCUUUGAAGAAGCUAAACAAAAAUAAGAAAUUGGUGAAGAAACUUGCAAAGAAGUACCAUGCCUUUUUAGCUUCUGAAGCUGUCAUCAAGCAGAUUCCUCGUCUCCUGGGUCCUGGUCUCAACAAGGCAGGAAAGUUCCCUGCCCUUGUUUCCCACCAAGAAUCUCUCGAGUCUAAGGUCAAUGAGACUAAGGCUAUGGUCAAAUUCCAGCUUAAAAAAGUGCUCUGCAUGGGAGUAGCUGUUGGCAAUGUCAGUAUGGAUGAAAAACAAAUUUUCCAAAAUGUACAACUGAGUGUUAACUUCCUUGUCUCCUUGUUGAAAAAGAACUGGCAAAAUGUUAGGUGUUUGUAUCUGAAGAGUUCCAUGGGCAAAUCUUACCGUGUCUUUUAAAGGGUUUCGAAAUCGAGUGAAUUUGGGAUUGCUCUUGGUAUUUUGGUCAUUUUAGUAACUGAGACAGGAGUUCUCUUCUAUCUACAGUUUUGUUGGACUAUAUUUUGUCGUUAGUAUUUGUGUUAUUUACUGUAUUGCUUAGCAACUUCGGGCCCUUGUUUUUACAUAUACAGCUUUUUGACUACUUCUCUCAUGAUGCAUAUUUUUUAUGACUACUUCUCUA